GUGAAGAGUCUCUCAAGUCUCACAACUUCUCGCAACAUGCGUAUAGAGACGUGUUAUUUCUGUUCGUCCCGGAUAUAUCCGGGACAUGGGAUUCAAUUCGUGAGGAAUGAUUGUAAGAUAUUCAAGUUCUGCCGCUCGAAAUGUCACGCUGCCUUCAAAAAGAAGAAGAAUCCCAGAAAAGUCAAAUGGACCAAAGCCUACAGAAAGACCGUUGGCAAAGAAUUGGCAGUGGAUCCAACGUUCGAGUUCGAAAAGAGGAGGAACGUACCUGUCAAAUAUAAUAGAGAAUUAUGGGACAAGACUGUACAGGCGAUGAAGAAGGUGGAAACUAUUAGGCAGAGGCGACAGAAUCUGCACAUUAUGCAGCGAUUACACAAGGGAAGGGAACUCGAGCAGGAGAGAGAUAUCAAGGAGGUACAGCGUGACUUGUCUCUCAUCCGUUCGCCAGCUGCUGGCCUCAAAGAGAGGAAGAAACAGGAAGAGGUGGCCGAAGAGCAGGAACAGAUGCAUGUUGAGGAAGAUUCCGGCAAUGAACUUGAAGCCGAGGCAGUGGAAGCGAAUUAAAUCGUUGUAUAUAUUUUUAUAUAGGUCUAAAUCAUCUUAUUUUCGUAUCCCACAAAUUAUUCCCGCAGUGUUAAUAAAUUAUUUACGACAUACGUUAUAAUAAUUCUCUCUAUAUAUAGAUACCGAAGUAAAUAAUUUCUGUAUAGAUAUUUAAUUUUUAUUUGUGUAACAAAAGAAAGCGAAAGAUUAUCACUGCGAGAACACUAUACAAGAAUAAAAAAUAUAAAUAAUU